AUUGUGGGAGUUUGACCUCCGCCGCCAACCGCCGCCUCAGCCUGCGCCGCCUCAGCCCGCGCCGCCGCCGCGCACGCCAUGGGAGCCGUGACUGACGACGAAGUCAUACGGAAGCGUCUCCUAAUUGAUGGAGAUGGCGCUGGAGAUGAUCGCAGAAUUAAUCUGCUAGUGAAAAGUUUCAUUAAAUGGUGCAACUCUGGAUCCCAGGAAGAGGGUUACAGCCAGUACCAACGUAUGCUGAGUACACUGUCCCAGUGUGAAUUUUCCAUGGGCAAAACUUUGCUGGUAUAUGAUAUGAAUCUCAGAGAAAUGGAAAAUUAUGAAAAAAUUUACAAAGAAAUAGAAUGUAGCAUUGCUGGAGCACAUGAAAAAAUUGCUGAGUGCAAAAAGCAGAUUCUUCAAGCAAAACGAAUACGAAAAAAUCGCCAAGAAUAUGAUGCUUUGGCAAAAGUGAUUCAGCAUCAUCCAGACAGGCAUGAGACAUUGAAGGAACUAGAAGCUCUGGGCAAAGAAUUGGAGCAUCUUUCACAUAUUAAAGAAAGUGUUGAAGACAAGCUGGAAUUGAGACGGAAACAGUUUCACGUUCUUCUUAGUACCAUCCACGAACUUCAGCAAACACUGGAAAAUGAUGAGAAGCUCUCGGAGGUGGAGGAGGCUCAGGAAACAAGCAUGGACACAGAUCCUAAGCCAUAGGCCAGCGCUCGCCACUCCCCAGCUAUUGAAGUAGCAGCACGAUCUUAGUGUGUUUAGCAUUUGCUGUGCUCUUGAGACAUUUAAAGUUUAGACAGUGAACUAAUUUGCUUUUAAAUGUUUAUGUACAGUUCAUUCAUAUUUCUUCACACAAAGGAAAAUGACUCCGCUAUAUAUUUGUUUUGUUAUUGAAAUACCUUUUUUAUUCUUAAACUUAAAAGGUAGGAAGCAGCAUCCAAAACUGUUCAAUAAAACUUUUUCAAGCUCAUUAGUAUUCUAGGAAGUUUUUAACUAUUAACAUUGAUUUGCUUACAAAAUAAGCUGAAGAUUGUGAGAAGGUGGUAUUUCUAGGCUGUCCAUGAAAAAGUGAGUCAACUUCUGGAAAUUGUUACCACUUUUUUAAAUAGGUAUAAUUGUUUUUGUUUUGUUUUGUUCUUUUUUUUUAUUUUUAUUGAUUUUAGAGAGGAAGGGAGAGAGAGUGAGAAAGAGAAACAUCAAUGAGAGAGAACCAUUGAUCAGCUGCCUCCUACAUGCCCCCUACUGGGAUCAAGCCCACAACCUGGGCAUGUGCCCUGACCAGGAAUCAAACCAGUGACCUCCUGGUUCAUAGGCCAACGCUCAACCACUGAGCCAUGCCAGCCAGGCAUUGUUACCACUUUUGAAGUGGAGUAUUUGGACAGGCUUCAGGAGGGCUGUGAACUUGCGAAAUAUGUGCAAAAUGUUUAUGGUGUAUGGUCAUUGUGGGACAGAUUCCAUGAUGUUAAGAAUCACUGGUGUAAAAGGCAAAGCAAAUCCAUAUGCAUUAUUUUCUAGAUCUCUCUCCUUAAUACUUGAGCAACGUGGUUGUUAAAUGUUUUGUUCAUGUUUCCUUUCAACUGUUUUGUUCCUUGGGAAUCAUUUUCAGUGGAGAAAAGUUGAUAAAGUGAAGAGUAGUUUGAGAUAAUAGUCUGUGAAUAUGGUCUUGCAUAAAGGAAUUCAUGACCUUUUUAAAAGUUAAGCUAAGGCUGAAUCACCUGUAAUUUUCUUAAAUAUUAAAUUACAUUUUCAAUACUU